GUCGCAGAAUUAUUGCGUCAUUCGUGCUGCGCCUCCCUUUAAUCUGCAUGGCUAAGGAGCACAGCUAGCUAAAGCAGAUUUUGUUGUUUUAUCCGGUAAAAAAACGAAUGUUGAAUUAGUUUCCAAUAAUCAGCGGAAUGGCGGACGCAAUACAAAAGAAGCUACAGUCCGAGUUGGAAAAAUAUCAACAGAUCCAAAAAGAUAUCAGUAAAAGCAUGUCAGCCCGACAGAAACUUGAGGCUCAGCUUACAGAGAAUAACAUAGUUAAAGAGGAGUUUGACUUGUUGGACAACCAAAAUACCGUUUACAAGUUAAUUGGACCAGUUUUGGUAAAACAAGACCCAGAUGAAGCAAAAGCAACAGUAGCCAAAAGGCUCGAGUACAUCAACGGAGAAAUCAAACGAUAUGAGACGUUACUGAAAGACCUGGAGCGAAAGUCUGAACAGCAUCGCGAGACACUUGCCAGCUUGCAGCAAGAGUUCCAACGUGCUCAGGGCCUUCCUGUUGGCAAAGUCUAAUUUGUGAAUGGAUUAUGAAUAAACCCCAUUAUUUAUA